AUGGGCAACGAAGAGUCGAGCAUGGUGGAUGAGUCCACCCGCCCCUCGGUGCUGGAGGCGCGCAAUAUAGAGGCGGUGGCCAAAUAUAUCAAAGAGCGCGAGGUGAAGCGUAUCGUUGUCAUGGUUGGAGCGGGUAUCAGUACUGCAGCAGGCAUCCCAGAUUUCCGGUCACCAGAUACCGGACUCUAUGCCAAUCUGGCAUUCCUCGACUUGGAAGAGCCAGAAGAUGUAUUCGACAUUGGUUUCUUCCGAGACAAUCCCAAGCCGUUCUACGCGCUGGCGCAUGAGCUGUACCCUGGGCGGUAUCGCCCCACGAUUGCCCAUUCCUUCAUCAAGUUGCUCUACGACAAGGGUCUACUACUGAAGCACUUCACUCAGAAUAUCGACUGUCUUGAGCGCCAGGCUGGGUUACCCGGGGACAUGAUUGUCGAGGCCCAUGGCAGCUUUGCGACACAGCGCUGCAUUGAGUGCAAGACGCCGUAUCCUGACGAGGAAAUGCAAAAGAAGGUCCAGGCGGGCGAGGUACCGCACUGCCUGGUACCACAGUGCAAUGGUCUCGUCAAGCCCGACAUUGUCUUCUUUGGAGAGGCUCUACCCGCGAGCUUCUUCGAGAGCCGCGGCUUACCGGAACAGGCCGAUCUGUGUAUCGUGAUGGGCACCAGUCUCUCAGUACAACCAUUUGCCAGUCUGCCUGGGUUCUGCAGACCGGGUAUCCCGCGAGUGCUCAUCAACAUGCAACGUGUCGGGACAUUGGGGUCGCGCCCGGACGAUGUGCUCAUCCUGGGAGAUUGCGAUGCGGGAGUGCGCAAGUUUGCAAAGGCUAUGGAAUGGGAAGAGGAGCUUGAGGCUAUCUGGGAAGAGACUAACCCAGACCCUAAGGCGCGCGAAGCCGAGAAUGAGCCGCUGCCAUCUCGGGAUGAGCGGCUCCGACAGGAGGUUGACCGGCUUGCGCAGGAUAUUGAACGCACACUAGGUCUGACGGACUCAUAUCAGCAGCGCGUGCGGGCGAAACUGGGCGAGCCAAGUGAACCUGCUGCGACCGUCCAAGUGGACUCCCAAGAAGAACCGUCACCAGAAGGACUGGACCAUGUGUUCCCGCACUUGGCGCGCAAAUCGCGUUAG